AUGAAUUUAUUUAGUCGCAAAACCAUCGUACCACCUUCAUCACCAUCAGUAUCAAGUACUGCUAGAUAUGGUCCUGAAGCGUUCGCAUCUAAUUCUGCAUAUGGACGAGGAUUUUUUGAACUUGGUGCUUAUUCAGUUGCUUUAAAACGAUGUGAAAGUGGCCAUGAUCUAGCUCAACAACUUGCAGAUAUGUUUGAAGAACGAGCACAACUCGAAUUAACUUAUGCAAAUCAAUUACGUGCUUGGUCACAUAGAUGGCAUAAAGAAUUAACAAGAUCACAAGAAUAUGGAACAAAUAAAAUAGUUUGGGAUCAAACUGCAAAGACAGGUGAACCAAUGGCUGAUGUUCAUUCAACAUUAUCAGCAUCAUUGAGUGAAUCAUUAAUUCCAAAACUUCGGCAAUGGCGUAAAGAUCGUUAUGAAAAAUCUUUACUGCAAUAUAAAAAGACGAAAGAAUUUGAAAAAGAAUUUCUUGAUGCUCAAAAAUCUUGGAGUAAAUUAUUAGAUAGAAUAUCAGAAUGUAAAUCAGCUUAUUAUUCUGCAUGUAAAACAGCUAAAUUAGCUGAUGAUGCUGAACAUACAGCACCUGCUGAUCAACGAAAAAAAUAUGCUGAUAAAGCUGAAGUAGCAAGACGUGAAAUUGGUUUUACAAAAACUAAAUAUCAGCAAGCUGUUAAUGAAGUUAAAGAACAAAGACCACGUUAUGAAUCAGCAAUGAAAGAAGUUUUUGAACGUACACAAGCAUUUGAAAAAGAACGAUUGGAGUUUUUUAAAGAAACAUAUGAUGAAUAUUCAAAAUUAUUAGAAACAGCAACAUUAGAUAAUCCGAUUUUGAAAAAGAUGAACGAUGAUUAUAAAGCUUCUUUAUCCACACAUAAUCCUCAACAAGAUUUAGCAUGGUGGGAUCAAAAUUAUGGUACUCAAACAAAUAGUCGAUGGCCUGAAUAUGAAGAAUAUCGAGAUUAA